CUCGCCUUGUCCAACCCUCGUCCAACCCAAAAGUUUCCUGCCAUAUUUAUCACAUCGCGCUCAAUUCACCUCCUACGUAUUAACUCUCAUUUCUCUCAGCUUUGAAUAUUAACGCCUCUUUAUCAUAUACCCCGCUAUUCGUUAGAUCGACCGUACCGUCAAUAUGGCUGACAUCACCAGCCUCGAAGACGAUAUCAAGCAAUACCAAGAGCAGCUCGAUGUCGUAAAUAUCGGUUUAAAAGAUGAUGCCGGUAACGCAGAGCUUCUUGCUCUCAAGUCUGAGUUAGAUGAUGCGCUUGCGCUAUUGAACGAAACCCUUGCUGAGCUAAAGCCGACCAAGGCACCACCGAAGCCGAAAGCACCAUCACCACCGCCAGUCCAGGAGAAAUGGUCACGAGAGAAUCAUCCCGCGUUCAAGAAAGCCGCUCCUGCCGAGGAAAAGGAAGCCGACGCGGGUCCGGUAAAUUACAAGGUCAAUGAUAAUAUUAUGGCAAAAUGGCUGUCUGGAGAUAAAGCAUUCUACCCCGCGCGUAUCACCUCCAUUACCGGCUCGUCUACGGCUCCUAUCUACGUCGUUAAGUUCAAGAGUUACGACACGACCGAACAACUACGUGCCAAGGAUAUCCGCCCUAUCGCACAGAAACGAAAGGCUGAUGGCACACCAGUCGGUACCUCCGGCCCGUUUUCGGCUCCGUCCCAACCCGCAGCCCCUUCGACAUCAUCCAACCCUGGCGUCAUCUCCGCUGCCGCCAGCAUAAACCCCGAAUUAGCACAGAAGAAUAGAGAGGAGGCGCUGAAGAACGCCGACGAUGUGAAGCCUAAGGCCAAGAAACUCAAGGCGACCAAAGAGUUGGAGGCUGGCAAGAGCAAGUGGCAAGAAUUCAACACCAAGUCAAAGUUCGCCAAGGCACACAAAACCAAGAAGGACAGUAUGUUUCGCACGCCUGAAGGCGUUCAUGGAAGAGUCGGGUUCACAGGCUCAGGGCAAGCUAUGCGGAAGGACCCCACAAGAAGCCGCCACAUCUACCAAACCAACGAUGAUUUGGACUAAUACUAGCUACAGGUGGUUGCGGCGUGGAGGAUGCAUGGAUUACGUCUUAUUAUGAGGAGUUGGGGUUGGCACUGGAGAUUUAUAGGCUUUGAUCCCCUUUUGUCCUUAUUUAGGUUCUAUGGAUGCUAACAUAGCCCUCGAACUAGACGCUCUCUUUAGUGCCUCGGUUCUUCUGAUUGAGCUCUUGUGCCUCAAAGCACAAGUAUUUAGAAUGGAGAGUUCCUUUGCUAUUCCAAUGACCCUAAGAUU